UAAUGAUUACCUUAUACUCGCGAGGAUAUCCUCCAAGAAGAAGUAAAAGGUUGACUGGUAUUUGUAUUUUGAGCGACAUGUCCUGCUUGUUCCAGCUUGUAGUUGACCAUCACUGACAGUUGUACUCCAGAGCUUACACAGACCAUUCCGUAUUUUUACUGGAUACAGUUUUUUUAUCAAAUUAAUAAGCAUGUCAUCCUCAAGUGAUGAGGAAGCUAUAGA